GGAUCGGAGCUACAGCUGCCAUUCCAAGCCUGCUUGAAGGUGGAGAAGUUUGGUGAUCUCAUUCUUAAGGCAACGGAGCCACAGAUGGUCUUAUUCAAUCUUUACGAUGACUGGCUCAAGUCGAUCAGUUCUUACACUGCCUUUUCGCGUCUGAUCCUCAUCCUUCGCGCCCUUCAUGUGAACAACGAUAAGGCGAAGGUAACUUUAAAACCGGACAAAACCACCAUUACCGAGCCACAUCAUAUCUGGCCUACACUCACUCCUGAAGAAUGGAUCAAAGUGGAGUAUCAGUUGAAGGAUCUUAUUCUUGCUGACUACGGCAAAAAGAACAACGUGAACGUAGCCUCAUUAACUCAGUCCGAGAUUCGUGACAUCAUCUUGGGCAUGGAGAUCUCAGCGCCAUCGCAGCAACGGCAGCAGAUAGCAGAGAUUGAGAAGGCGGCGAAGGAUCAGGCUCAACUUACCGCUACUACUACGAAGACGGUGAACAAGCACGGCGAAGAAAUUAUCUCCACCACCACUUCUAACUAUGAGAAGCAGCACUUUAGCAGCAAAACGGAGUGGCGAGUGCGCGCUAUCUCUGCCACAAAUCUUUAUCUUCGCACAAAUAAUAUCUACGUCAGCUCUGAUGACAUUAAAGAAAACGGGUACACUUAUAUCUUGCCUAAGAAUGUCCUCAAGAAGUUUAUCACCAUUUCUGAUCUCCGAGCUCAGAUUUGCGGCUAUCUCUAUGGCAUCUCACCACCAGACAAUAAUCAAAUCAAAGAAAUUCGUUGCAUUGUGAUGCCACCACAAUGGGGCACUCAUCAGACAGUUCACGUUCCUGAAGGCCUUCCCCAAGAUGAGUACCUUCGCGAAAUGGAACCCCUUGGGUGGAUCCACACUCAACCGAACGAACUGCCGCAGCUAUCACCCCAGGAUGUUACAACUCAUGCGAAGCUAUUUGCAGAGCACGAUGGUGAGCGGACAAUAGUGAUCACCUGCAGUUUUACACCGGGUUCAGUGUCUCUCUGCGCCUACAAACUGACUCCAGGUGGGUAUGAGUGGGGUCGUCAGAACACCGACAAGGGCAACAAUCCCAAGGGCUAUCUACCCAGUCAUUACGAACGUGUUCAGAUGCUUCUCUCCGAUCGCUUCCUCGGCUUUUUCAUGGUGCCUGCACAGGGUUCUUGGAAUUACAAUUUCAUGGGUGUACGCCACAAUCCGAACAUGAAGUACGAACUCCAGCCGCUGAAGCCGAAGAAAUUUUACCACCGCAUUCACAGACCUUCACACUUCCUCGACUUCACCAACGUUGAGGAAAGCGAGUCGUUCGCCGCAGAUCGUGAGAACCCUCUGGGUUAA